CGUAGCCUUUGAGACAGAAAUGGAGAUUGAAUCCCAACACAUCAACUUAUCCCAUGAGGAUGGGGCCAUUUUGCGGCUGAUAUCAGCCUUUCCUUCCUCUCUUUUAUGUCUCACGUAUCCAAACGAAGCCAGACAUUUGACAUGUAGCGGUCAUUAAUUCAAAAGUUUAAUCCGACUCUGAUUUGGGUAAAAAAGUGCUAGUAGUAUUUAUUCUCAACGACUCAGCCUUUAUUGUCUUCUCCACCAAAACUCUUUUCUCUGUACUGUAACUCUCGCUUCUGUUGACUACAUCUUUGCCAUGUCUUACUGUAGAACCCUGAAACGAUCCUCACCAUCCAUCAAUCCACUACCCAUAAUCCAACGGCUCCACACCCGCCCAUUCUCUGCCCCAUCAUCUUCUUCUUCCAUUCUCUCUCACUGUGAUUCCAAUUUCCGGAAAACUUCUAGUAGUUUCAGAUCUUUCCUGAAAUGGGUCUCGGGGAUUGGUGUUGGUUCGAGCAUUGGAUUGCUCGUAUACUGUUCCUCUCCCUACGAUUCGACUUCUCUAAAGAAUUCUUUAUACUCUUUUGCUGACUGGUCAACGGCUGUAACAUCAGAUAUUGCAAUGGAGGAUCCAAACCCUAAAUUUCUCUUUGGAGAUGAAUAUCGGAGAAAGAUAUUCUUUAAUUAUGAGAAACGCAUAAGGAUGCGUAGUCCUCCUGAAAAGGUUUUUGAGUACUUCGCUUCUGUUCGAAAUUCGGAAGGAGUAUUUAUGACACCUGCAGAUUUGAUGCGGGCCAUCGUGCCUGUUUUUCCUCCAUCUGAAUCAAACCUUGUAAGAGAGGGAUAUCUUAGAGGGGAAAGGAGUCCUGGUGAGCUGCGCUGUGAGCCUUCAGAAUUUUUUAUGCUUUUUGAUACAAACAAUGAUGGGCUCAUAGAAUUCAAAGAGUAUAUCUUUUUUGUUACACUACUAAGCAUCCCAGAAUCAAGCUUCUCCGUGGCAUUCAAAAUGUUUGACAUUGACAAUAAUGGAGAGAUAAACAGAGAGGAAUUCAAGAAAGUGAUGGCCUUGAUGCGGGCCCAUAAUAGGCAAGGGGCUUUCCAUAGGGAUGGACUUCGAGCUGGCCUCAGAUUUGGUGGUUUUGUGGAAAAUGGAGGCCUGGUGGAAUACUUCUUUGGCAAAGAUGGCAAGAAGUGCCUCCAACACGAAGAUUUUUUCCACUUUUUGAGAUCUUUGCAUACUGAGAUGCUGAAUUUGGAGUUUGCUCAUUAUGACUACAAAUUACGUGGAACCAUAUCGGCCAAGGAUUUUGCCUUAUCAAUGGUUGCUUCUGCUGACAUGAGGCAUUUAAACAAAUUGCUUGAUCGGGUUGAUGAAUUAGACAAAGAGUCACAUCUUAGUAACAUACGCAUCUCACUAGAGGAAUUCAAAAAUUUUGCCCAGCUGCAUAGAAGUUUGCAGCCAUUUUCUUUGGCCCUUUUUAGUUAUGGGAAAGUGAAUGGAUUGUUGACCAGGAAGGACUUUCAGCGAGCUGCUUCCCAAGUAUGCAGUGUCUCUCUCACGGACAAUGUCAUCGAAAUCAUUUUCCACGUCUUUGACGCGAAUCGUGACGGAAAGAUAAGUGCAGACGAGUUUGUAAGAGUUCUACAGCAACGCGAAAGGAACAUAUCUCAACCUACAGAGGCAGGCAUCAUGGACUUGCUAUUUUGGUCUUGGAACCCAGCAAAAUAACUCCUUGUUCACACGAUUGCUUUCCCAAUCAAUUUUUGAAUCCAUUGUCCUGAAAUACACACACUAUACGCGAUGAUUUAUAUAUCUCGCGGAGAAAAAGAUCCUGUUGUCAUGUUGUAAACUAGGAUAGAUAACCUCUUUCUUAUACAGCAAGUGGGAGUCAAAUGUAUGCUGGCAAAUCCAGUAGUUUGAGCUGGUGGUGUCAAAGAUUCAAAAAGUGGGCAAAUCAUAUGUGGAUUGUCCAACUUUUAUGUACCACCACUGUAAAUAUUUCUGCCAGAACAAUUUCCUCUAAUGUGAAAUUUGUAUAGUUGAUCAAUGGUGAUGACCUAGUACACUCUCGCUUUUUCUA